UACAGCCCAGACAACGUGGCUGGAGCGGACAGAGCCAUCGACCCCACUGAAAUCACCUUUUCAGGAUGUUUUUGCCGUACGAGCUCCUGUGUGGUUCAUAUGUGCUCGUGUCUUCGCCAUGGUGAAAACUACACCAGUUUGUGCCUCAGCCCUCCAGCCAAGGAGGAGAAGUACGCCAGGCCCGUCUUCGAAUGCAACGUCAUGUGCCAGUGUGGUGAAUCCUGUCAAAACAGGGUUGUUCAGAGGGGGCUGCAAUUCAGACUUGAGGUAUUCAAGACUGAGAAGAAAGGCUGGGGUCUGCGCACUCUGGAAUUCAUACCUAAGGGAAGAUUUGUUUGUGAAUAUGCUGGUGAAGUUUUAGGCUUUAACGAGGCACGUAGAAGAAUUCAGGCACAGACUUCAAAGGAUUCGAACUAUAUUAUAGUGGUGAGGGAGCACCUCCAUAACAGCUGCGUAAUGGAGACGUUUGUUGACCCUACGCACAUCGGCAACGUAGGCAGAUUCCUGAAUCAUUCCUGUGAACCAAAUUUAUUCAUGGUGCCAGUUCGAGUUGACUCCAUGGUGCCUAAACUGGCACUGUUUGCAGCCACUGAUAUUUCUGCUGGAGAGGAACUGUCAUACGAUUAUUCUGGAAGAUUCCAUAAUUUGCCAAUAACGAACAGGGAACAGAAAUCUUUAGAGGAAGGUAACACAUUGAGAAAACCUUGCUACUGUGGUUCCCACGCAUGUGCAUCCUUCCUACCGUGGGACAGCUCCCUCUUUGACACAGAGGACACUUGUCCAGGGAACUCUCCAUAG